AUGAGCAUCAGCAGCAAUAACACAGCUGUCCUCAACCGGGAGCAAUUCGUCGAGGCAUUAACCAAGGCCGUAUAUUCGAAGCAGUUUAAAUUGUCGGCAAAGGGUUCGACAACAGGACAUUUGGGGGCUCUCAAGGCACCGGUGACUCUGGAUAAAGAUGUGGAACUUGCUGGGCUGGACAAACUCAGCGGGUUCUCCAUCGAUACAGCCAGCCUUAUCCUACCAGCGGAAGAAGAUGGAACUAACCUGAGAGGAACCGCAACACUGCCCAACCAUUCUGUUGUCACAUUUGCUCUGGUGAGUCAGUUCAUUGACUAG